GCCGUACCUUCUAGCUACCGCCACCGCCCUGUCUCACGAAUGCAAACCCAUUUUCCUAUAUAUACCCUCCCGAGAGUUUCAACAUGGCAGAACAACAGCAAAGUUAUACCGCGAUGAAGGGCGACGUAGAGGCUAUCGGUGCGCAUUGCCAGCUAGAAUACUGCCAUGUCCUCGACUUUCUCCCAUUCAAGUGUCAAAGUUGCGGAGGCACUUUCUGCCUCGACCACCGCACGGAAACCGCACAUAAAUGCCCAAAGGAAGGCGAAUGGGCACGGCGGCGGAACGCCCAGAAUGGCACGACAGGCGCACUUCCCUCGAAACCCUCACUCUACAACCAUGACCAACAGUGCGCCGAAGUUACAUGCAAGACCCUCAUCAAUACCUCGCGAAUGCCGGCAAGUCACUGCACUACAUGCAAUCGGUUAUACUGCCUAAAGCACCGUAUGCAAGAAGACCACGACUGCAAGAACCUCAAACCGCUCGGCGCCCGACCCACGAAUAUACUACAGCAGCAACGAGAGAGGGGGAUGACAGCGCUGGCAAAAUUAAAGCAGUGGUCUGCCAAUAAGCGGGAAGAGGACGCAAAGCGGAAGGAGAAGAAGGCAGGUCUGUUCGGUUUAGGAAAGAAGACGUCGGCGGCAGCAGAGACGCAGGCACAACUCAACCUGCUGAAAAGGACAGCGAAAGGCGAUGCCUCCAUACCGCAGGAGAAACGCGUGUACCUCUACGUCGAAGCUUCGGCGGACACGACCAAGGCGAAGUAUCCGACCGGCAAGUUCUUCUACAACAAGGAAUGGACUGUCGGGCGGGUGCUAGAUAUGGCGGCGAAGGCCCUGCAAGUCGAGAACGUCAACAACAGGGGUGGAGGCGAGGAGGAGAAGCUGCGCGUGUUCCAUGUGGAAGGGGGUCGGCUGCUGAAGUUCAGUGAGAAGAUCGGGGAGCCUUGCGCAAACGGGAAUAUGAUCGUUUUAUUGCGAGGGGUGGGUUCAGGUGAGCCGGAUUUGAUUGAUCUGUAGGGACAGGUCGCGGCCUCGCAUGAGCGUCUGGGACUGUUGGCGUGGAACAUACUGUAUUUAGCGGGAUGGUAUGGUUGAGAUACCCAUUUCUCAUUUCAUCGGAGUUACUUUGAUAGAUCGAGUGGGAACAGAUCAGCGACGUCGCCUUUUUUGUCUCAUUGCGCAUGCACUUUCAUGACGGGUGAUGAAUCUAGUAUUGGUACGUAGUCUACCUUUUUAGAUUCGCGGUGAAAAGCACGUGUUUGGUUGUGGAACGGGAACAAUUAGAGAG